UAAUAUAGGCUUCUCGCUACUGCUAAAGAAUAACGUCUUAGGUGAGAAAACCGGUUGCAUUUCUGUGAUCAUUUUAUACUUGUACAACAGGUUGGAAAACUUGCAUUCAACUAGUGAUACUUAGAGCGUAUUAUUUUUAACGUAUAACUGGGAGGAAAUAUUGUUGACGUAGUUUGUUUAAUACAAAAAGGAGAAACAAAACCUGAUUUCACUGUACCAAACAUUGUUCAAAAUUUUAGUAGCUUGUGACACCUUUAAGACAUUUUACCAACUUCAUUUAACUUUCGCCCUUUUGCUGUGUUGGCAGCUUGCACACUUAAAAAGUCAAUAGUAUUGUGUUUGCGGAAGCUGUCCUAUUACCAAUGAGAUAAGAUGGUUCGCUGCAGUGAGCAAGAAACUUACCUUUAUGACCCAAAUAUUUUGUUGAAACUAAACUUCCAUGAAAGUCCGGCCAAAUUCGAACCAUUCAUAUCAGCCGCAUAUCCAGGCGAAAAUUGGCUUAAAGUACGACCACUUAAAGAUGGUGACUACGACCGGGGAUUCCUGCAACUGCUGUCACAAUUGACCGAAGUGGGACAUGUUACACGGACACAAUUUUUAACACGGUUCUCUCAGAUGAAAGCCAGUGGAGAUUACUAUGUCACAGUUGUUGAGGAUACGCGAAAGAAUGAAAUAAUCGGGGCUGCUUCUUUAAUUGUUGAACGAAAAUUUAUACACAAUUGUGCCAUUCGGGGACGUUUAGAGGAUGUUGUUGUUAAUGACAAUUACCGCGGCAAACAGUUGGGCAAACUUAUUGUGGUAACUGUCAGUCUAUUGGCUCAACAUAUAGGCUGUUAUAAAAUGUCCCUAGACUGCAAAGAUAAGUUAAUUAAAUUCUACGAAUCUCUUGGCUAUGUCCUAAUUCCCGGAAACGCUAAUUCAAUGACAAUACGUUACGAUGAGGUGCCAUUUGCUGUGCGACAUAACAACACCAUGUUAGAUGGUAACGAUGCUAACAACGUCAGUCAAACUGUGAGCCUCGAUUUUUCCUCUUGACAAUUAGCCACCAGUACUGCUGUUAAAUCGAAAUUGUAAUUUCUUACAACAUUUAGCAUACGAGAAAAAAAACUGAGUAAUUUGUUAUAACAGACGAAAAAAAUAAGAUUUGAAGUUAGUAACUCUAUCCCCAAAAUUUAUGGGUUUUAAACUGUUAACAACUUUAGAUAUUCCUUAUUUUCGGCUGAUCAUUAAGAUGGUCUCUUUAUUUCAGUUAAUUUUUCUUUUCUGUUGUGAGCAUAAAUUUCUGAUUUAUUACAAAACGCUUUGAAGAUGAAGUGAAUUUUGCAAGCAUUUUUGAAGCGCUUUGAUAGCGGUGCUGGUAGUCGGUGGUGCCUUGCAACUGAUGUUUACUGCAUACAUAGUAACAUCAGAAAAGGCAUACAUUUAAAUUAAUAAUUUUUCUUUUCUUAAUUUUAUUAAAUACGUUAAUGCAAACAUUGCUUGUAUAUUUCGUUUAACCUAUGAUUUGAUUUUGAUUUUUACUUGCAAACACGGCUGAAAUUGAAAGGUAGUGGUUAUAUUGCCAUUUAAAAGUACAUUUAUAAAAUAAGUAAAUGUAACCAGUAAAUAACUAACGAGUUUCAGUUAGCCAAUGUUGAAAUGUUCACAUCCAUAUAUUAUAAUGAAAAUAUAAUUUGAAAAUUUA